AUGAGGAAACGACGUACUUCGAGUACAAAUGAUAGAAAAGAUGAAAAAUUAAAUGGAAUUAUUAAAUUUAUUCAAGAUAAAAUUUUAACUUUAUUUGAUGAAGAUCUGAUUUUAAAAUUUUUUGGUCAAAAAAAUUCAUCAUCAACUGAUAAAGAAAAACAUCGAAAUUGGUUUAUUGAUAUUUAUAUUUCAUUAAGAAAGUUAUUAUGUGAUAUAUCAAAAAUUAAUGAUAGAAAAUUAUCUAAUUUUCAUUAUAAAUAUAAUUUAAUGAAAAAAUCUUAUGGUCGUGCUUGGAAAUUAUUUUUAGAACAAAUUGAAGAAAAAUCUUCAUCACAGCAACAAGAAUAUGAUAAUAAAUUACUUCAUGUAAAUCAAUUUAUUUUUAUUUAUUUUGUAGUUCAAUCAAGUAAUGAAUAUGAAAUAUUUAAUUACGUAUCAAGAACAUUUAAUUCUUCCUAA